CAAAUAGCAUAAUAUUAUCGACUAUUCGUCUAUCCUCCCAACAUAACAUCACAACAAAACACUGCUGUGGCUCUCUCUUUACUAGUUCAGUAGACCACGGAGUUCACGAAUUAGAUUAACCCGUUUCGUUCCAUUGCCAUUUCGGUCACUGACCCUGCUGCUGGGUCCAAAAUCUGAAACCGGUCCUCUCGCCUACACAUAUUUAAAAACUCCCGAAAAUAAAAAGUUAAUCCUGCGGGAGAAAAUAUUGUCCCUCAAUCGCAGAACCGGUUAGCGAAAAGCCUGUUUCGUCCCAAGCAGGUCCCAAGAAGUGUUUGUUUUGUGUGCGCGGUUCCGAUGUGUUGUGAAGCAAUAAUAAACCAUCCAGAUUAGAUCUGCGCUGCGUCGUCGUCGCGAUUCGAUAGUCGUUCGUCGGCACAGGAAACAAGAAAACGAAAACGAUUCAUGCAUAAAAAUGAGCCUCUGGAAGUGCACCCACGGCAGUCUGUAGGUAGGAGUAGGUUGGCCUGGUUAUCAUUCGGUGUGUCGGAACAUAACUCGGAAAAGCACAGAAGUGCGGGGGAGAUCAGUGCGUGGCUUAGUCGUUGGGUGUGAAUUGAAUUGGCGCGGAAGAGAGUGUUCCUAUUGUUUUUGCGAAGAAGAUUACGUCGAAUCAAAAGGCUGUGAAAGGGCAGAUAUACUGCUUUGAACUCGUUUGGCAAGUCGUUUUGAAGCCGAUCGUCAAAGGUAGUGGGUGAAAGUAUAACAACUAAUCGUGUGGAUGCGAAUUACUAGGAAGAUUUGCUGAUACUAUGGCUGUGCAUUUGCUGAUACGACGGUUAUCGUUGUUGGUUUGUUUGCUUUCCGUGCAAUGGGCCAUCGGGCAAGAAUCGGAUAGCGCCGCUCCGGUUUGGGGCUACCGGUGCGUCAACAGUCGCUGCCAAAAGGUGGCCCUCGAUGACGAACCAACCCGAGAUAAAGCGGUCAGCCUUUCGGUGUGCCGACUGUACUGCGACGGCGUGUUCGGCUCGGUAUGGCCUCGGCCAACCGGUGACUUCCGACUGGGCAACAACCUGAUCCGGGUCAAUCCGGCGGCGAUCGAGUUCCAGUGGGGUGAGAGGUACGAGGCGUUGAACAAGUAUUGGGAUGAGAGUGUGGAGCGAUUCCGAGGGCAGUUACUGAAGAAGGCUGCUGGAGAGGAGAUCAGGUCGGGUGGGAAGAAGGUUGCUGUGAAGGUGGAAGUGAGUGAGGAUACAAUGACGUUGAAUCACGAGACUGAUGAGAGUUACAAACUAGUGAUUCGCGGAGCUGAAGGCGAAGAGGUGCAGGUAACGAUCGAAGCUCAGAACUACUUUGGAGCGCGACAUGCUUUGGAGACUCUGGCGCAGUUGAUGGUGUUCGACGACAUCCGGAACGAGCUGCAGGUGGUGGCUGAUGUGGAGAUUCAGGACGUUCCGACCUAUCCUCAUCGAGGCCUUGCUUUAGACACCUCUAGGAAUUAUGUCAGCGUCUCCGCGAUCAAGAAAACGAUCGAUGCCUUGGCCAUGGUCAAGAUGAACGUGUUCCACUGGCAUAUUACGGAUUCGCAGAGUUUCCCUCUGGUCAUUAAGUCGCAGCCAACUUUACACACUUUUGGCGCAUACUCUAGGAAGCAGAUCUACACUGCUACGGACGUUCAGGACAUUGUCCAAUACGCUCUGGCUCGUGGCGUCCGGGUCAUUCCAGAGCUGGAUGCCCCGGCUCACGUUGGAGAAGGUUGGGAAAAGACUAACUUGACCACCUGUUUCAACUUCCAACCUUGGACCAAGUAUUGCGUUGAGCCUCCUUGCGGUCAGCUGGAUCCCACAAAGGACAAGGUGUAUGACGUCCUGGAGGAUAUCUACCGUGAGAUGAAUGCCAUGUUUACCCACUCGGAUGUGUUCCACAUGGGUGGCGACGAAGUUUCCCUCAGCUGCUGGAACUCCAGCGUUGAGGUUCAGCAGUGGAUGAAGGCUCAGGGCUGGGGUCUGGAGGAGUCUGAUUUCCUCAAAUUGUGGAACCACUUCCAGACCAAAGCUCUCGAACGAUUGGAUAAAUCCCUGACGGAUAAACGUCCGAUCGUGAUGUGGACAAGCCGACUGACUGAGGAACCAUAUGUUGAUAAAUACCUGGACAGCGAUCGCUACAUCAUCCAAAUUUGGACCACCGGCGAUGACCCGAAGAUCGCUGCCCUACUCGAAAAAGGUUACAAGCUGAUCAUGUCCAACUACGACGCCCUAUACUUGGACUGCGGCUUUGCCGGGUGGGUCCAGGGAGGCAACAACUGGUGCUCGCCCUACAUCGGCUGGCAGAAGGUCUACAACAACGACCUCAAAUCGCUCGGCGGUCAAUAUGCAUCGCAAAUCCUUGGCGCCGAAGCAGCUCUCUGGACGGAACAGGCCGAUCAUCAUUCGCUGGACGGACGAUUCUGGCCCCGUGUGAGUGCCCUGGCUGAACGCCUGUGGACGGACCCCAGCGAGGGCUGGCAGUCGGCCGACUCGCGGAUGCUGGUGCACAGGGAACGGUUGGUCGAAAAUGGAAUCGCUGCGGAAAGCUUGCAGCCACAGUGGUGCCUGCAGAACGAAGGAGAAUGUCCGAUCGUGCAAGCUCCGUAGUAUUCCUGCUGUUCUUCGUCAUUGAUGUGCAAUUGUGAUUUGAAAUCCGUCGCAGCAAUAAUUAUCUACCUGGUAGAGAUUUUAGUUACUAAGCGGUGAUAAUUGAUACUCACGCAGUUAGAGUUCUUUAUGUAAAUGUUUCGGAAUUGAUCGAUGCAUUCCUUUGAAAGCAAUUUGUAAGGCAAAAUCAUGCUACUUAUGUUUUUGAUAAUAUUACGAUUAUAUAACUUCAAAUAAG